UCUUGGAGCUGUUGCGUUGGCCGUGAUGCUCACCCAGAUGGCCAUGUUCGGUGGCAGACACUGUCGCCAGAGAGCAGCAUUCGACUCUGCACCGGAUGAGACCGUGCCCAGACAUCUUCACCAUAAUCUGCUGCAACGACAGCUUCCAGCUCGCCCUCAGCCUCGCCGACAUUGAGACCCUGCUCCUCGUCUGCAAGCGGGCCCAGCCACUCCUGGACUCCAAAGUGAAUCGGCUUCGACACUGGUGCAAGGAGAACCGGCUGCACUCUCCAGACAGGCCGCUGCCGGAUCUCAUCUCUGCCAACGACUUGAUUGCCAUCUCGCUGCACUAUGGCGGCCAAGAGACUGCCGACCGAUCCUGGCUCGUUGCCUUGGCUGACCAGGGAAACCCUGCUGCGUCAUAUCUGCUGGCACGAAUCCUGCAAGCCAAUCUCGCUCACCGGCAGCCAGUGACUCGGUCCAAGCGGCGAGAAACUCAACAAGAAAUCGCCCAGCACCUGGAAACGGCUGCCAACGCAAAGCAUCCAAUGGCACAAUUCCACCUGGCCCACUCCUACCGCAACGGACUCGGAGUCUUCCAAGACUACACCAAGGCCGUCGAGCUGUACCGCACACUUGCAGAUCGUGGGAUGCCUCAGGCUCAAAUCGCCCUUGGCUGCUGCUAUGAAGGCGGCGAGAGUGUCGACCAAGACUUUGACACAGCCAUUGAGUGGCAUUCCAAGGCCGCAGAUCAAGGCAGUGAAGACGGUCGACUCCAUAUCGUGUUCUUCCGUGGCUGGCUCUCGUUCAUCGGCCAUGGUGUCGAACAGAGCGACGCCGAUGCCUUCAACCGCUGGCAGGAGGUCAGCACUCAAUCCACCGACCCGGUCAUCAAGCCCAUCGCCACGCACAUGGUUGGGUGGAUGCACUAUCUCGGCCGGGGUACUGUGCGUGACGAGCAGAAGGGAGUCAAGAUCAUCCGGGAGAACAGAUCGGAUGAGUUUCCCUUGGGAGAAGAGGAGUGUCUCGCUGGUGAAAGUACGAACGUACGUCCCGACUCCAGCAUCCUCGCAUCUCGAAAAUUCGUCGAGCUGUGCCAGCUGGGAUCAGAGCAAGACUGGCUGUGUCGCCACCUCACGGCCAUAUGCUUCUCCUAUGGAUUCGGAACGUCAUGGGACAUGAAUCAGGCAGUGGAUACAUUCGAGCAGCUCGCAAGCGACGGACAUGGCGACGGUCAGUUCUGGAUUGGAUUGUGCCAUUACUCAGGAUGGGGAGAAUGCUAUGAAAGCUCGAUUGCACUCGAGUGGUUCAGCAGGUCAGCCAACCAAGGAAACUCCUACGGGCAGUGGAUGCUUGGUCAUUGCUAUCACCAAGGAGCAGGAGUGGCAACAGACUACUACAAGGCCGUCGAGUGGUUCCGCAAGUCGGCCGAACAGGGAAAUCGGUAUGGGCAGAACGCUCUCGGCAACUGCUAUCAGAACGGCGAGGGUGUUGCCAAGGAUGUCGACGCCGCUGUCUUCUGGUUCAGUAAGGCGGCCGGAUAGGGUCUGCGAUGGUCUCUGGACAAACUCUUGCAGAAUGUCUGCUCCCUC